AUGCACGAUCAUGCACCUCGGAAAAAGCCGGUCGAGGCGAGACGAACGGCGGCAGCGAGGACAAAGGUGCUGCUCAUCGUCCCAGCGGAAAUGUUGGUCGUAUCCUCAAAUUGCGUGCGUCUGCAGCGCGUCGCCACUUCGCAGAGCAAGCGGUCAUUGCAUGACCUCCUCACCCUGCCCCACAACAAGCCCAUUAUCUCGUAUGGCCCACCGGGAAGGAGUGCGGUGACGGGACAUGUCGCUACCGUGUUUGGAUGCACCGGUUUCUUAGGAAGAUAUCUCGUAGCGAAGCUCGCGAAGUCGGGCACGCAGAUUAUUAUUCCGUAUAGAGAUGAGGAUGAGAAGAGGCACUUGAGGCCGAUGGGGGAUCUUGGGCAGAUUAUCCCGACGGAGUGGGACCUCCGGAGGGAGGAUCAGAUUGAAGAGUGUCUGAGGCACUCUGACAUUGUGUACAACCUUGUCGGCAGGAACUACGAGACAAAGAACUUCACUUUCGACGCCGUCCACAAAGACGGCGCACACCGCAUCGCAAGCAUCGCCGCACGGGCGGGCGUCGCACGCUUCGUUCACGUCUCGCAUCUGAACGCGUCGCACGACUCGCCAUCCGAGUUCUACAAGUCCAAGGCUCGCGGCGAGGACCUCGUCAAGGAGGCGUUCCCGACCGCGACGAUCGUCCGGCCCGCGGCCAUGUACGGCUAUGAGGACAAAUUCUUGACGAACAUGGCAGUCUGGCCCAUCUGGUGGAAACUUAACCAUAUGCGAACGAAAGUUCGCCCGGUGCAUGUCUUCGACGUUGCACAAGCGCUCACGAACCUCCUUUCGGUCCCUUCGCUUCCGGGCACACUCAACCUGCCUGGGCCCUCUACCCUCACCCACGAGUACCUGCUCACCCUUGUGUCGGCUGUGACCUGCCGCGCACCCGAUCGCGCACCCAUCUUACCGAAGCGCAUCGCGCUUGCGCUUUCCAAAGUCGCGCAGAAUGUGUGGUGGCCGGCGAUCAGCCCUGACGAAGUGCUGCGUCGUUACCUUGAUGACGUGGACGUCCCCGGUGACUGGGACAAGGUCGGCGUCGUCCCUGACGAGAUUGAGCAGCAUGCAAUCACUUAUCUGAGACGGUACCGCUCGGCAGAGAAUUACUCGCGUGCCGUGCAGUUGCCUGCAUCGCGGGAGGCUCUGUACGAGUUGCCAUAA